CUUUACUGCCAGUCGCGUCCUGGAUGCUGCACGGAGCGGCAGCGUUUUUCGCUUCCUGCCCCACUUUCCGGUUUCUCUUCUUCCUUUCCGUCACUUGUAUCGAGUAAAAGCUGUUUGGUUUGUUUUUUUUGGCGAGUGUUUGCUUCCACUCCCCACUUGUGCCAUCAAAUCUGUCACGACAAUCCCGUCAGACACAAGGAUGCAGUCUGUUCCAGUUCACGUUACCACAUCUUCCUUUUAAGAUCCGGGAAAAAAGGAAAUGAUGGCCAAACAAAAGUUGGUGUUAUACGACAACAACUGCCUGUCGUGACGGGACAGUGAACGAACGACAUUCGAUACAACAACUCGUCCGUAAUCAUCGCCGUCCAUACGUUACGUUUACAAUUGCAAACCAUGUUGUGCUCGAGCCACGGCGACGCCCUCGCAAACUGUCAGACAGUGAGCAGCAAUAAUGACCAUAGCAACGCCACCGAUAACAAUUACAUCAACGAGACGCAAACCUCCGUGGGAUUCUCGUUUGCCGACGGGGCUUCCAGUCGGACCACUCCAAAAGCCAUCACCGACAGCGACAUUGCAUUUGACGGCGGUUCCACCACCAGCAACUGGAGCGACUUGUUUGCAACAGCCGGCUCAGCGCCAGCCGGCCCUGGCAAUGCCACCCUGGCGGGAGGAGGAUUCGGAGCUGAAGUGAUGAUUCCCCUCUAUUCAGUCAUCUUCAUUCUGUCCGUGUUGGGCAACAUACUCGUCAUUGUGACGCUGACGCAAAAUCGCAGGAUGCGUACCGUCACCAACGUCUUUCUCCUUAAUCUAGCUAUCGCUGAUUUACUUCUCGGCGUUUUCUGCAUGCCUUUCACGCUCAUCGGACAACUGCUACGAGAUUUCAUUUUCGGUAGCUUCAUGUGCAAAACCAUACCUUACUUUCAAGCUGUUUCGGUCGCAGUUGGCGUUUGGACGCUGGUGGCCAUCUCGCUCGAACGUUACUUUGCUAUUUGUAGGCCGCUCAAAUCUCGCAUCUGGCAGACGCGAUCUCACGCCUACAAGAUGAUCGUCGCCAUCUGGAUUCUUAGCCUUUCAUUGUGUCUACCCGUGGCCGUUCUUAGUCGUCUCAAACCAAUAAGAGAAACAGGUCGGCAUAAGUGUCGAGAAGAAUGGCCUGAUGCCGUCAGUGAGAAAGCCUACAAUCUUUUACUGGACGUCAUCUUGUUAGUCCUGCCACUUCUCAUCAUGGGGCUUGCCUAUUGGUUAAUCGCAGCCCGCCUAUGGAGAGGAUUGCGUCACGAGACAGGUGGAAACAGCAGCACUAACAAUUGCAGUCGCUUGCAGACAAUGAUGGCCGCCGACGUUACCGCUCCGCUUGCCAAUGUCUGUGGUUCAUCCUGUACAGAGAGAUACCAGGAGCCUGAAACGUCGAUUCAAUCGGACAUGAUGACCAGCCAGCAAAGCUACCCACACACAAGUCCAAGCGCGGCCAAAAAAUCUACUGUGAUCCAGUGGCCGUUACGGAGCAAUCACCGCCAUCUCUGCUGUCAUCCUCAAGUGGAAAGAAGCGUCACGCAUCAGCAAAGAAGUGGCAACGAAAUAGCGUGGAGAGGAGGUUCGCAGUCACAACAGGGUAACCAACAAAGGGCGGCCUCGACAACUGUUCAGAUUAUGGACUAUCGUUUAGCGGCUCGCUAUGGUGUCCGAUCUACAUAUACGGACAAAAGCGUCUGGGCAAAGAAAAAAGUCAUUCGAAUGCUUUUCGUUAUUGUCUUUGAAUUCUUCCUGUGCUGGGCACCUCUAUACGUCGUCAACACUUGGUACACAUUUGAUCCAACGAGUCUCUACGAGCAGAUGGGUCACACGGAAAUCGCGUUGACUCAGCUUCUUGCUUAUCUAUCGAGUUGCUGCAAUCCUAUCACCUACUGUUUCAUGAACGAAAAAUUUCGCAAUGCAUUUCUCAGCGCCUUCGGAUGUGGGCCACAAGGUCGGGGUUUCGGAAGAGCUCCCAAUCGCAGUACCGAUCUCCUGUCAGCUUCAUUUAACGACAGUUUCAAUCUUGGUCGCCGAACUACGAACAAAAGAAACGCACGUUUGACCACCAAUGCCACGACCAUUGUCGAGACUGCUCUUUUUGAUGGAGAUUCUGGAGAAAUCGGAGCUAUGCUAGCGGCGUCCAGAUCUUCCCAAGCGGACUAAGAUUUUAAAAUAAAAUAAAAUGAAGACUUGUUCAUUCCAACCGCUGUCGAAUUCCCAAGCUGCUGCAACCUAGCAAAAGGCGAGCUGAAGAAAUCAAAGGUGAAGCUGCCAUCAAUACGAAAGAUACACAGGAACACGAUGUUUUUACAUUAUCCGAUCUCAGUUCGACAUUUCAUGUACGCCACUUAAGCUAUUAUUGUGAUCGAUGUUUAAUAGUUGGUUAAUGUUACCUUCCAAAUCAUCCACUCGGCAAAUGUAAGGUAUAUGCAAUAUGUCGAACACCGAUUUUUUCAUUACGUUGUCAAUAUACGGUUUUACUGCCAA